AUGGUUCCUCCCGUUGUUAACCAAACCAAACUCAACCCCAAAGGCAUUGAGGCUCACGUUCCGGCCUCUCAAAUUGAGAAAGACCUCUACGAGGUUGCCCACAUCGACUACAGCAAGGUCAAUAUUGAGCACAAUCCUAGCGUUCCCACGCUCUACGAGGACGCUCUGACCCGUGAAGUCGGUUCUGCUAUCAACUCUACCGGCGCGCUUGUCGCAAACUCCGGUGACAAGACCGGCCGUUCUCCCAAGGACAAGCGUGUCGUUGACGAGCCCAGCUCCAACAAGAACGUCUGGUGGGGUCCUGUGAACAAGAAGCUUUCUGAGACCUCUUGGAAUAUCAAUCGCGAGCGUGCAAUCGACUACUUGAACACCCGCAACCGCAUUUACGUUAUCGAUGCCUACGCUGGCUGGGACCCCAAGUACCGCCUCAAGAUCCGUGUCGUCUGCGCCCGCGCUUACCAUGCCUUGUUCAUGCGCAACAUGUUGAUUCGUCCUAGCGAGGAAGAACUCAAAAACUUUGGUGAGCCUGAUUUCACUAUUUACAACGCCGGUGCUUUCCCAGCUAACCGCUACACUGAUGGUAUGACCUCUGCCACCUCCAUUGACAUCAACUUCAAGGCUAUGGAGAUGGUUAUUCUGGGUACCGAGUACGCCGGUGAGAUGAAGAAGGGUAUCUUCACCGUUAUGUUCUACUUGAUGCCUAUCAAGCACAACGUGCUCACUUUGCACUCCUCCGCCAACGAGGGCCCCAAGGGUGAUGUCUCCGUCUUCUUCGGUCUUUCUGGUACCGGUAAGACCACUUUGUCUGCUGACCCUCACCGUGCUCUGAUCGGUGAUGAUGAGCACUGCUGGUCUGACCAUGGUGUCUUCAACAUUGAGGGUGGCUGCUACGCCAAGUGCGUUGGCUUGUCCCAGGAGAAGGAGCCUGAUAUUUUCAACUCCAUCAAGUUCGGCUCUGUUCUCGAGAACGUUGUCUUCGACCCCAAGACCCGCGUUGUUGACUACGAUGAUGUCACUUUGACUGAGAACACUCGCUGCUCCUAUCCCAUUGAAUACAUCCCCAACGCCAAGCUGCCCUGCUUGACCGACAACCACCCCACCAACAUCAUUUUGCUUACUUGCGAUGCCCGUGGUGUCAUCCCCCCCAUUUCCAAACUUACCAAUGAGCAGGUCAUGUACCACUUCAUUUCUGGUUACACCUCCAAGAUGGCUGGUACCGAGGAGGGUGUCACUGAGCCCCAGGCCACUUUCUCUGCCUGCUUCGGUCAGCCCUUCCUUGCUCUGCACCCCAUGCACUACGCUAAGAUGUUGAGCGAGAAGAUCACCAAAUACAAGGCUAAGGCUUGGCUCCUCAACACCGGCUGGGUCGGUGCUUCUGCUGCCAAGGGUGGUCAGCGCUGCCCUCUCAAGUACACUCGUGCUAUUCUUGAUGCUGUCCAUGCUGGUCAGCUCGAUAACAUCAAGUACGAGACUUACGAGACCUUCAACCUUCAGGUGCCUACUGAGGUUCCCGGUGUUCCCUCCGAGAUCCUGAACCCCGCCAAUGCUUGGCAGGGCGGUGCCGCAGACUUCAAGUCUGAGGUCAAGAAGCUCGGUGCUCUGUUCGUUGAGAACUUUGAGCGCUUCAAGGAUGAGGCCACCCCCCAAGUUUUGGCCGCUGCUCCUGUCGUCUAA